GCUUAUUUGUCGCUAAUCGCGGAGCGGCCUCCCAUUGGGGCGGGUCAUUCAGGUGUCACCAAUCAAUCGGUUGUCCACCCCGCACCUGCACCUGGAGUACUGCAGUCAUCUUCAGCUCUCCCCUUCACUCCUGCCUCUGCCUCUGACUCUGCCUUCUGCCGUCCGUCCUCCGAUAUCCUCCCCUCCACUCUCCGCUGUCAGUUCAGCUCAACACCACCCCACACUCACAGCAUCGCAAAUAAUACCACCACGUUACUCGUCUCCAGAAGAUUAGCUUGAUAUUGCUGGAUCUCACGCUAGCUACUAGCUCAUCCCUCACGCUCUUUCGCCACGAUGAACGUCGCUUGCCAGUGCGGCGCUAUCGUGUUUAAGACGCCACUGCCCAAGCCGUUGGCUGUCUACAUUUGUCAUUGCGAUGAGUGCCGACGCCAGUCCUCCUCCGCAUUUGGCUGCUCAGCGAUUUUUCCCAAGUUUCAACUCCCGCCAAAGACAUUGAUGUCUUGCUACUCGUAAGUUGACCUUGCAGCUAUCCAAUCCCAUAUCGUCGGAAGAUUACGGGACCUUUGUACUCGUAGGCGCGUCAUUACUCUAACCUUAAGUCGCGCAACAACGGGAGUACACCUGCACCUGCAGGGUUACACAAUGUCACGAGCUAGUCCACCACUUCCCCACAAACUGGAGAGAGAAGUACUGUUGCUGACGUUUUAUAUCACAGUCGCCCCACUGCUUCGGGUCACAUUCUCAAUUGGUAAGCCAAUUAUUUAUCACUUCUUUGGUCGCCUCCACUUAAGUGGCCAAGGGGAUACCAACCUUAUUUCAACUGUCCUUGUCCCGUCUUACAAUGAAGGUACUUGACUAACCUCUCAAAGCUACUUUUGCAAGACCUGCGGAACCCGUCUCAUUCACUCCACUCCUGGAAAGGAUGUAGUCUCUAUCAAAGGAGGUUGCAUUGAAGGUUUGGAUUGGAAAUCGGCUCGCCAUAUCUGGUGCAAGCGAGCUAUGGUGCCAAUCCCAGAGGGUGUGGAGAGAGAUGAGGAAGAGCCACAGGAAGAUAUUGUCAACGACGACCCAACCAAGAACAUGUUUUUGUUGAGAGGAAGCGGUGGAACGUCUAGCGAUGAGGAGAGGAAGAAAGAAAGAAAGAGAGUCAGAUCAUGGAAAGGAAAGGAGAAAGACAUCGACAUGAAUGGUGGUUUGGUGAACCGCAACAACUCUACUAUCAACAGCUGGUCGCCAACUCCCAAGAAUGGUGACGGCAGAAGAAGAGUGAGAAACAUGGAACAGGAAAAUGAAAAGGUCAGGGAAUGGGGAAGAAAUGUUGGAUGGAACAGAGAUGUUGGAUUGAAUAGGGAGGUUGAGGCUGAACUGGAUAGGCGUCAAACUGAUAAGGAUCUUGGUCGUUCCCUGUCAAGAGACUAUUCUAUCAGAAUGAAGCCAAAUGAUAUCAAUACUGGAUUGGAGUUUAGAUACAGCACAGAGAAGGACGUCGUUGGAGCCAACGGUGGAGAGACUUUGUCCUAUUGAGCGGAAAAUACCUGGGAGUUGUCAAGUUGACCUUGAUGAUGUUUGAAACUUUGGGCAUUUGGGCUGGAUGGAACGUACGGUACGAUGGUAUUUUCUACAUUUUCUAAUUCUUGGUACAUCUGUUGGUGCCAGUAAAAUUUUGUCAGAUAGUGUAACUCAAAUUUUUG